AUGCAGGUGGCACAACAGCGUCGUAUUGAGGCAUCACCUCUAGGGCCGGCAGCUUCCCUUACCUUCCUUGUCUACGUCAACGUUCAGAGCAGGCGAGCUCGAAAGUCGACACCAUGUACUUUCAUAGGAGAUGGCUUUCCAGAUCAACACUACUGCUCCAAGCCGCAUAAGCGGUCGAGCCCCUUUGACAGUUUGACCAGCGGCCUUAGCAGUGAUGCCCCCGUGGUAAGGCAGGACUGGAAGCGUGCGCUGAGGAAAGGCAAGGAACUCUACGAUCUGAUGGGAGAUUUGGCUGCCACUCAAUCUCACUGGGAUUCGUACGAGCGAUUAGAAAAAUAUGGUUGGGACAAGACUGUCGCAAGCCAACCAGAAUUUCCCAAGGGCAUGGAUUCUGCCUUGAGUGUUGAGCAAAUUGGAAGCAUCUUGGAAUCGGCCACCGAACAGUUUGAAGAAGUGACUUGGAGCCAUCUCAGCAGAAGUGCGGCAAAGGACGAUGAAAACCGGGUCUCCAAGCCGUACAGUCCAACCCGGGCACACUACCGCGCUCUAUACUGCCCUCGUUCAGGGGCGAUUGUCAGCCAGGAUUCAAUCUCACCGAAAGUAGCCGUCGAGGCGGAGUACAAACGCCGGUAUCGUGGAGGUACAGUGGUACCUCUCGGUCACCAGAGCGACAUCUUGGCUCGGAAAUAUGCCCAUUUCGUGAAGUGUGUCGACGGUAAGCCGUCGAACUUACGAUGCUUCUUUCGAUCGCAUGUGGGCAACACGACGACCAACAACGUGCUUUUCAGGGCCUUGGAAGAAGGAGACAGUCAUUCAGGACCUCCAAAGUGGCUUGGUCGAGAAUUUCCCCCCGGAGCAUCGGCAGGUAAAGGCAUUCUAGGAACACCGAAUGGUCGUGGUGUGGCCUUGAUGCUGGCAACUCGUCGUGCAGAAUUUGGACUCAAGACUGUUCGAACAGUCCGAAUAUUCGACGAUGAAAUCUCCGAUGAGCAGCGCAAAGAGUAUCAGAAGCACAGUCGGCCAAGCUUGAUUUUCGAGAUCAUGGAAUGGAUACCUCCGCGAGCACACAAUACCCAAGCAAUGGCGCGUGAGACAGGUGGCAGUACAGUGUACAGAGCUAGGCUCUGA